CCGCAGCGCGGAGCCCCGCGCGGAGCGGCCUGAGACGCGGGCGGCGCGCGGGACCGGGGGAGGGCGGGCCGAGGGGAGGGUCCUGCGGGCCGGGGGGGCGGGCGCGGCGCGCCCCCUCCCUCCCGCGCUCGCGCCCUCCCCCGCGCGCCCUCCCUCGCCGCCGCCUGCCGCCGCCUCGGGCGCCCCUCGCCCGGGACCCAGCGCGCUCGCUCCGGCGCCGGCCUCGCCUCGCCACAGCGCCAUGGAUGAGUUCCACCCGUUCAUCGAGGCGCUGCUGCCUCACGUCCGCGCCUUCGCCUACACCUGGUUCAACCUGCAGGCGCGGAAGCGCAAGUACUUCAAGAAGCACGAGAAGCGGAUGUCCAAGGACGAAGAGCGCGCGGUGAAGGACGAGCUGCUGGGCGAGAAGGCCGAGGUCAAGCAGAAGUGGGCGUCGCGGCUGCUGGCCAAGCUGCGCAAGGACAUCCGGCCCGAGUGCCGCGAGGACUUCGUGCUGGCCAUCACGGGCAAGAAGGCGCCGGGCUGCGUGCUCUCCAACCCCGACCAGAAGGGCAAGAUGCGCCGCAUCGACUGCCUGCGCCAGGCCGACAAGGUGUGGCGCCUGGACCUGGUCAUGGUCAUCCUGUUCAAGGGCAUCCCGCUGGAGAGCACCGACGGCGAGCGCCUGGUCAAGGCGGCGCAGUGCGGCCACCCGGUGCUCUGCGUGCAGCCGCACCACAUCGGCGUCGCCGUCAAGGAGCUCGACCUCUACCUGGCCUACUUCGUGCGCGAGCGAGAUGCGGAGCAGAGUGGUAGUCCCCAAGCCGGGAUGGGGUCCGAGCCGGAGGACAGCAAGCCCAUCACGCUGGACACGACCGACUUCCAGGAGAGCUUUGUCACCUCCGGUGUCUUCAGUGUCACGGAGCUCAUCCAGGUGUCCCGGACACCUGUGGUGACCGGAACAGGACCCAACUUCUCCCUAGGGGAGCUGCAGGGGCACUUGGCAUACGACCUGAAUCCAGCCAGCACUAGCAUGAGAAGAACACUACCCAGCACCUCCUCCAGUGGGAGCAAGCGGCACAAAUCGGGCUCGAUGGAAGAAGACGUGGACACUAGCCCCGGCGGCGAUUACUACACUUCGCCCAGCUCCCCCACGAGUAGCAGCCGCAACUGGACGGAAGAUAUGGAAGGAGGCAUCUCAUCCCCGGUGAAGAAGACAGAGAUGGACAAGUCGCCGUUCAACAGCCCAUCCCCCCAGGACUCGCCGCGCCUCUCCAGCUUCACCCAGCACCACCGACCCGUCAUCGCCGUGCACAGUGGAAUCGCCCGGAGCCCACACCCGUCCUCAGCCCUGCACUUCCCCACCACCUCCAUCCUGCCUCAGGCGGCCUCCACCUACUUCCCGCACACGGCCAUCCGCUACCCACCUCAUCUCAACCCGCAGGACCCGCUCAAGGACCUCGUCUCGCUGGCCUGCGACCCAGCCAGCCAGCAGCCUGGACCGCCUACUCUUCGCCCGGCUCGGCCCCUGCAAACCGUUCCUUUGUGGGAUUAGCGCCAAGGGAUCCGGUGGGCGUUUAUCAGGCACAGUCCUGGUAUCUGGGGUAACAAAGUCUUCCCAGGACCCUCGUCCUCCGUCCCGGGAAUUCCGGGGGGCAGCACCGCCGGCCCCCGGCCCACGUUUUCGGUGGAAAUUUAGAACGAGCCAGGGACACCCCGCUGCUGCCCCCCCAGCCCCGCCGAAGAAGACACAACACACAGGCACGACGACGCAACCGAGGAAAAAAGGAAAAAAGACAAAAAAAAAAAAAAAAAGAUGACAGCAGGAAAAAAGAGACAAGAAAACAAACAAA